AUGAAGCAUUCAUCAAGGCUCUUCGUGAUCCUUGGCUCCCAACAUCGCCAUGCUAUGGUCAACAUUGCAGCGGCUUCUUCUGUUUCUCGUGGCUCUCAGGCGACUUGGUCUGGCUCAUUAGUGGUUACCAGUUUACCUUCACUGCUGCUCAUUUGCGGCCAAGUCAGCGACUUGUACAUUCCUAGUGCAUGA